AUUACCGUACACUGAUCAAGUCCGGCCCUUGAUUACUUGGCCAUUCAACUCCAUCCCGACCCCAUUUCGCUCCCAAACACACCAACCCAGGGGAGGAAAAAAAAGGAAGGAGACAUAUACAAGAUAAAUGAGAUUUCGGGGUAGCACAUACACCAUGGUUCCCCCAACGAAACUCGCCCUGCUCAUCCACCUCCUGGUCGAGACCCCGGCCUCCCUCUCCUUCCUCCUCGCCCCGCGCGCCCAGCUCCCCGGCGCCUCGCCCGAGGCCCGGCUCAUCCUGCGCAACCUGGGCGGCUUGCUUGCCGCAACUAACCUAGCCGUGCUGGUCCUGCUCGGCACUCCGCCGGCGGCGGCGCCCGAGACCCGCCAGCUCACGGCGCGGCUUUGCCUGUGUCUGGGGACGUACCACGUCUGGCCGAUUCAUCGCGCGUGGGCGCGGAUGCGGUGGUCGUCGUCAUCGUCCUCGUCGUCGUCUCGUGAGAAGGAAGGCAAGAAGGUGUUGGGAGGGCCGGUGGUGCACUUUGUGGUUCAUGUCCUGUGUUUGGCAGCGUUGCUUGGGGCAGGGUUGGUUGGGGCGUUGGAUGGGUGAUGGAUGCACGGUGGUGGCAGAAUACGCUCGCCCAAGCAGAAAGAUAAUAGGAAGAAAAACGUUUGUUGGGACAAAGAGGCA